AUGAAAAUAGCUAGAAUUCGUAAACCAUUAAUUACAAAAGCAUAUAUUGCCUUAUUUGUUUGCUUUUCUACUAAAGCAAUACACUUAGAAUUAAUCAGUGACCUUACCACUGAAACCUUUUUGGCAUGUCUUCGAAGAUUUAUAUCUAGACGAGGUGUACCUAAUAGAAUUUAUUGUGAUAAUGCAAAGACAUUUAAGGGUGCUUCCAAUUAUUUAACUGAACUGUAUAAUCUUUUAGCGUCUAAACAUAAUAUGGACUCUGUACAUCAUUUUUGCUCUGAUAAAUUAAUUAAUUUUAAGUUCAUACCUAGUUAUGCCCCAGAGUUUGGUGGUUUAUGGGAAGCUGGGGUAAAAAGCGUAAAGUAUCAUUUAAAAAGGGUUGUGGGUUUUGCCUGUUUAACCUUUGAAGAGCUUUAUACUAUUAUAACUCAAAUAGAAGCCAUAUUAAACUCUAGGCCCUUGCUCCCUAUGAGUAGCGAUAUAUCUGACUUAACAUAUUUGACUCCGGGACAUUUCCUAAUUGGGGCUCCUCUCACUAGUAUACCAGAACCGAACCUUUCAGAUAUUAAUAUAAAUAGACUUAAGUUUUGGCAAAUUUGUACUAAAAUUAAACAAGAAUUUUGGAAAUUGUGGAGCAAUGACUAUUUAACUCAACUACAAAAUAGACCCAAGUGGAAAUAUAAUUAUGAUAAUUUAAAAGAGGGUGACUUGGUCAUUGUGAAGCAGGUUAAUGUGCCAUCAUUAUAUUGGCCCAUGGGGCGCAUUGUUAAAACAUUUCCUGGCUCUGACCAUAAGGUUAGAGUGGCUGAAGUAAAGAUGGCAAAUGGUAGAACCUAUGUUCGCUCUUAUCAAAAAUUAUGUCCGCUUCCUUUAGUUAACUAG